AUGGUAUUAUCUAUGGUUGUUGGAGAACGCUUACAGGGUAUUGUAACAAAUGUUUUUAUAAAACGACAACAUCUCCAUCAUGUUCGAGACAUCCACACUACAGUUACGAGAACAGGGUUUGGAGGGCUCUGGGGAAACAAAGGUGCAGCUUCUGUUAGAUUUUCUAUAUAUGGCUGCUCUGUUUGUGUGGUCAAUUGCCACCUGGCAGCUCAUGAUUCUGGCUACAAAGAACGAAUAGAAAACUUCAACACAAUAAUUGAUUACACAAGAUUCCCAAUUCCAGAGACGAGUAAUAUCCUUUUUCAUGACUAUGUGUUUUGGGUUGGAGACUUAAACUUCAGACUUGAUAACACUUUAACUAGUGAGAUCAUUUCUAAGCGAGUAGCAGAUGGUGACUUAGAGAAGCUUUAUGACAUGGAUGAUGUGCACAAGGCUCAGAAGAAUGGAGAAGCAUUCUCUAUGCUGAAAGAAGGAUCCAUAACUUUCCCCCCAACAUAUAAAUACCAGGAAGGGAGCUCAACAUAUGAUUUAUCACGUAGACCUGCAUGGACUGAUAGAAUUCUUUAUCAGGUUCAUGUUGAUGCUUAUGAAAAUGUCAAGUUGGGAGUGAAGCAAGCAUCAUACUCAUCAGUAGAUACAUACACAGUCUGAUCAUAAUCCUGU